AUGGCACAACUCUCAACUGAGGCCAUGGCUCAUGCCUCGGCAGUCAUCGGCAACAUCGAGAAGAAGCCCACUGCCUGGCACGGGGCUGGUGCUGCUGAGUUCGAUCUCCGAAGCGAUACAAUGACGAAGCCUACGCCGUCGAUGCUCGAAGCGAUCUGCCAAACAACUCUCCUAGAUGAUGUCUUCAAUGAAGAUCCAGUCACCAACGAGUUGCAAAGCUACGUUGCUGAGAUCACUAAACAUGAAGAAAGUCUGUUGGUCCUUUCCGGUACGAUGGGAAACCAGGUGGCCAUUCGCUCGCAUCUCGCGCAGCCACCUCAUUCCGUGUUGUGUGAUCAUAGAUCUCACAUCAUUUGUUAUGAGGCUGGUGGUGUAAGCGCUUGGACUGGUGCCACCGUGAGCCCUAUUAUUCCCAAAAAUGGGGUCCAUUUGACUUUGGAAGAUAUCAAAAAGCACGCAGUCCUAGGUGACAAUAUUCAUUUUUGCCCGACCAAGUUGAUUAGUCUGGAGAAUACCCUCGAUGGAAUGAUCAUGCCGCUUGCUGAGGCGAAGCGGAUUGUGGAAUGGGCUCAUACCAAUGACAUCAAGGUUCACCUAGACGGUGCCCGGCUGUGGGAGGCCGUUGUGGCUGGUGCCGGGAGCUUGCCUGAGUAUACAAGCCUAUUUGAUAGUGUCAGCCUUUGCUUUUCUAAGGGGCUGGGGGCACCCAUUGGAAGUAUAAUUGUUGGCUCCCAAGAUUUUAUCAAGAAAGCUCGCUGGUUCCGCAAAUCCAUCGGGGGCGGUGCCCGACAGACUGGUGUGAUUGCAGCUGCAGCCCGGGUUGCACUCAUUGAAACGUUUGGCACGGAUCCCAAUGGCCAGACUGGAAAGCUUGCAGCAACGCAUAAAAAAGCCAAGCGAGUAGCUGAUUUGUGGACUAGUCGUGGUGGGAAGUUGCAGUACCCCCUACACACCAAUAUGGUUUGGCUGGACCUCGAGGCGUCAGGAGUGGGGCCAAAUGACCUGGCAGAGAUUGGACAGCGAAAAGGGCUGAGAUUGAUGGGUGGCCGCGUGGUGGUACAUUACCAGAUAUCAGACGCAGCACUCUCACGGCUGGAACAAGUGUUCGAUAUUGCACUGAAGGGUGAUUUCAAACGGAGUGAAGAUACUAGCAAACCAUACGGAAGUAAAUAG